CGCCGAGGGCCUUGGGCUGGUUCUGGCUGCCGAGCUUCCUGUCGUGUGUCGUGCGCGGGUCAGCAGUGGGCACCGUGCAGCAGGGGGCCUCAAGUCACGCGUUUCCCGCGGCGGACUGACUGCCAGCGCCGUCGGAGCGGGCGUGGGGUAGGAGGGCCUGUGUCCCGCGAGCCUGUUGCUUGCACGGCCGGGACUGCGCCUUCUGGGAACGUGCCUGUCUGGAGCUUCCUGCGCUUCCGCACUGAUACUCUUGAGGCUACUUCAACUGAAAAUCUCAUUGAGUGUGGGCCAAAAUAGGACUUAAAUAAAGUUUUAUGGAGACUUUCAAAACACCAAAGGUAGAGAUUCUGUUGGACCCAGCUACUUCCCUUCCGGGUGUCCCACCAAGUGGUAUGAAGACCUCAUCUGUGCCAUGCUGUAGGCACACUCGUGUUUACAGCAACCUCCUGGAGGGCUGUGUGUUCAUUAGCAGAUGUGAGUGGACAGAAAAGACGUGGCGUCUACAGGCCAUGCACUGCUGCUUCCCUGUGCAGGGGGAGAAACUGAGUCUUGUAGUAAAAUGCAUGCAUCUUGGCACUAAAGAAAUAAGUCACACACACAAAAGUAGGUACGGCGUAGUUUCUUAUGUGAGCGUCCCAAGUAUAAAUGAAGAGCAGAAUGAAAGGUAGGUCGUAAAAAAUAGGGAAAUGGUCUUUUGAGGAGUUACCAAGAGAGGUAAGGAAGCGAGAGGAAGAAGAUGAAGAAGAAACUUAACAAGUGCUAUGUACAUGUACCAGUUCCCCACAGAGAGUUUCAUCGUUGUAUUGAUAAAAAUUGGGAAGAUAUACUUCGAGUAACCAGUGCUGUGGCCUGACUGAGCUGGUAACAGCUGUCAUGUGUUUCAGGGGCUUCCUGUCCUGUGCAGGUGGCCUGCAGGUCCUUUGCUCAUCUGUCUUGUCCAUCUCCAAAGAACGCUUUGUUCACCUUAUCAGAAGUAUUCAUCAUUAGGAACUCUGAUAGUUACUCAUCCAUGAAAUGCUGUUUUCUGCACCUCAUCUGCAGUGUUCAUGUUACAGCCUAGAAGUUUAGGAGCUCUAGUAGUUACUCUAUCUCUAAGGUGUCAUCGUCAAGCACUUUCUUUUGGACUGAGUGUUCCUGAAAGUACACCUUUCACAGCAGUCUUAAAGUUUGCUGCAGAAGAAUUUAAAGUGCCUGCAGCAACAAGUGCAAUUAUUACCAAUGAUGGAAUAGGAAUAAAUCCUGCACAGACUGCUGGAAAUGUUUUUCUGAAGCAUGGUUCAGAACUGCGAAUUAUCCCUAGAGAUCGUGUUGGAAGUUGCUAAUAUCUACUGGGAACAUAUGAUUACCUUUCAGAAUAAAAAUUGCUAUUUUAGUGAAAACA